AUGCGAGACGGAGACCGGCCCCGCCUCGGGCGCGGCAUGAGUGACCCGAUGGCGUCGCUCGAAGGUGCCGCGGCGUUCGCCGGCAAGCUGAAGCCGACGAAGGAGGAGUGCCUAGCCGAAGAGCACGAAGGCCGCGUGGCGAGCAAGACAGACGCGGUCGGAACAGUGAACGACGCUGCAGGCGCCGAAAAGAGCAGAGACGAUUUGCGCGACGCCGGCCCUGAAGGCAAAAGCGCCGGCCGAGGCGACGGCGCCCUCGGCGAUGAGGAAUUCUACGCGGAAGGCGUAGCGGCAGUCAGCAUGGUGGAGGAGGACGAGCUCGAGGCGCCGCUGCGCAUGCUGAGUUGGUGGGCGGCGUUGCUCCCGCAGACCCGCGGGGAGGUGAUGACCGAGUUGGGCGGCAGCUACCUGUUCUUCGUCCACGGCGACUCGCUCAUCCUCCAUCUCUUACGGAAGAACUACGUGGACCUGGACGUCGAGCAAGGCAUUCAGCCGCUGCUAUACAUCCACUUGAUCGAGAAGCAGCUCCUGUCGCUCGUCUCCGCGGGCGCGAUUUUCCACCUCGUCUUCUUCCGCGUCUUUGAAGACGUCGCGGUGGGCGACUCCCGCGACGCCGUCCCCGCGAUGUUUCUCCUGAUCCGCGAGCAGCUCCUCCUCUACUUGAGCGUCAUGAAGAUCGACUUCACCGUCGUCGACGACUGGUUUUCAGGCGACUGGCGCAGCCUCAUGAAACGGAAACACCCCACCUUCCUCCUCAUCGACGACAUCCACUUCUCGCCCGAGGAAACGGGCGACACAGAGGACGAAGAAGAGGAAGAGGAGGAGGAAGAGGAAGAGGAGGAAGAGGGGACGGGGGAGAGUGCGCGCCGGGCGCUGUGGAAGCUGCCCGGAGGGAUGCCGACGGAGGUCGUUGCGCUGCAGGAAGAGGCGAGGAAGAAUGUGGGAAACCGCGGUCGGGCCUGGGUCUCGUACCUGCUUCAGUCGCUCAUGCUCUCGUCGUUGUCGCGCAAUUUGCAUGUGGCGCUCAUGCACGACUGCGUCUACAAGAAGACCAAGGCGUACUGCCUAGCCAUUGCGCCCACCGUCGCCGGCGCGCUCUGGGUCCAGCUGGAGAGGAGACGCAAGGCCGACGAAGAGAGACGGAAGGAGGCAGCCGAGGCCGAAGACAGAGACCUCGCAGAGAACCGUUCGGGCGGCGCGGAGGCGGAGACCGAGAGAGCGGACAAGCAAGGCGAGAAACAAGACGCCAUCGAGGAGUUCCACGCUCGCGAGCUCAUGUUGCGGGCUCUCGAGGUGUACGGCGGCCUGCUGCUGCCCGAAAAGGACGAGGAAGAGAUCGAGAAGGAGAAGGAGGAAGAAAAGCAGCUGCUCGAGGAGGUCCGAAAGCUCGGCGAGGGCGGCGGGCUGCGACAGCUGCUGGCGGAAAAAUUCUGCGUCUUUUUGCGCGCCAUCGCUGCAGAAGAGGACGACGGAGAGGACGAGGAAGACGAAGGCAAAGAGCAAAUCAAACAGUUCCUCGCCAUCGGGAAAAUGUUCCUCAUGACUGCGACGGUCAUGGGCGAACUGUCUAUCCGCGAAAGGAGUCACUACACCGUGUCCUCGAAGGCGCCGUUCAUCACUGAGUACCUCUACGCGCCGCUGAAGUUGUACACCACCGAGGCCACCAAGACGCUUCGGCAGCUCCGUUCUCUGUACACCUCGUCGACCGAGAUCGCAGAGGAGCUGCAGAAAUCGAUCCUCAUUCCCGAGGAAAUCGCGGACUUCUUCGACGGGAAACUGUUCUUCACAGUCAUGGCUUACGCGUGCGACUUCGCUCGAACCUCCUCAGACUGGAGUUUGCCGGCGUCCUUCUUUGGGUUGACGGCGAGGGGCGUUGAGAUUCUGGACGGGUCCUGGCAAGCCGUCGUUGCGUCACAUCCGUCCGCAGUUCCGCUGUUUCUCCAACCGCUCUUCCCGAUCGAUUUGCAGCCUCUCGCAUCUCAGCUGGAGGCGCUGCCUUUGCCCCUCGCCGACGCGCCUGAGCAGGACGAGGCGGAGGACGUGGAGCCUUCCGCUCAUCUGCUGGCGCUCCACAACAGUUUCCUGCGGAAGUUCCGCGCUGCGGGGCCCGAGGGCGCCUUGCCGCAUGCGCCGGCGACCUCGCUGGAGACUUCCGCGGAGCUGCGCAGGCGCGAACUGAAGAUCCGCAGAGAAGGCGACAGUGAAGAGGCCGAGCGAGAAUCCGAAAGCGAUCAAGAACGCGAAGAACUGAUUGACCGGGUUGAAGAAGCUGCAAACGACACGUUCACGGAGCCGCCCCCCGACGGGGCCCUCGACUUCGCAAAACUGCAAAUGUGCUACCUGAACAGCCAGGAGUACACGCCGCCGGAGCGCGAACUCCAGAAGAUGGAGCACAUGAACGGCGAACAGAAGCGGAAGCACCUGGACAUGCUGGAGCGUAAACGAAAGCAGCAGCUGCAGGUGACCAUUCGGCGUAAGGCGAAGAGUCUGUGCCCGUACCCGCUGCAUCUGCCGAUUUCGGGGGCGUACGACGACAGUCAUCCGUGGAUCAAGAUCGACCAGGAAGCGCAGGAGCGAGAGGAGGCGGAGCGCGCCGCAGACGGGCGCGGCGCGCCAAAAGGCAAGAAGACCGAAAAGGACAAAAAGGCCAAGCCGACAGCUGCGAAGGCGGGGAAGGAGGAGACGAAGCCGCUCAAGAAAGCCGACUUGAUUCGCAUGAAAAACGCAGGCGUCCAGCAGAAAAAGGUCCAAAACCUCGACGCGGAACGUCUCGCCGACCUCGAAAAAAGGGUGGAGGCGCUCUGCGCGGAGUACAAUGCGCUGUCGAGCCGCUCGUCGCUGCAGUCUUCUUUCUCCUACGCAGGCUGUACGUACAGCCUGAGCGCAGCGAACCUUUUGGCGCUGCUCCUCGACGUCCUAGUGGGUCCGAGUCGCCGCAUGUCGCUGAUUCUCGGCUUCCCGUACGUCACGCAGCUCCUCAAGAUGCGCGACGCGCAGCGAAGCUUCAUUAUGAAAGUGCAGAAACUCGCCACAGACGCCUUCUCCGGCUUCCGCAAAGAGUGCAUCGAUUCCAAAGCGCAUUUUGCAGAGAUGCAGAAGCUGUUUAAUGCCUUGUUCCGCAUUAACGUGGAGGCCUUCCGGAUGUUCAAGGGAGAGCUCGAGGGGAAGGAAAUCGAGGACAUCCAGCGGUCGCUCUUCUCCCUCGGAUUCAACCAGGCGGCGGAGCGCCUCUUCGAGGAAUGGAAGGUGGAACGCCUGGCCUACCUGGACGCGUUGAAGGAGCAGGAAGUCGAGAAAACAGAGCAGCAGAUGCUUCUUGCUGGCGGAGGGAAAGGCGGAAAAGGCAAGGAGAAGAAAGGAAAGGACAAGGCUGACGCGAAGAAAGGGAAAGGCGCAAAUGCGGCUGCGGAGAGCAAAGCGAAGAAAGAGAGUCUUGCAGCUCUGGAUGUACACCGCGUCUCUCGGGCCAUGCUCUUCGAUUUCCGCGUCAAGAAGGGAUCUGUGCGCCUUCUGGACCUCAUCGAUCGCCGCGAAAGCGUCUUCGUCACAGCCCCCACCUCCAGUGGGAAAACCUUCAUUUGCUUCUACGCCAUGGAACUCGUCCUCCGCUGCCCCAUGCGGGGCGAAAAGGCCAUCGACAACGAUGCCGUCAUCGUCUACGUCUCCCCCAGCAAAGCCCUUGCUGAUCAGGUUUACGCCGAAGUUCAUGGGCGUUUCUCGAGCAAGACUUACUCCGCAAGCGGAUCGAGGAAAUACCUCGCUGCAAACUUUGUCGAGCGCCAAAACUCAGAACCUCCUCUUAACGCCCAAGUCAUCGUGACGCUCCCUCACAUUUUGGAGAUGCUGCUGAUGAGCGGCGCGUUUGCGCGGUGGAACUUGAAUCUGCGCUACGUCAUCCUCGACGAAAUCCACUGCAUCAGCGAAGAAGAAGGAGGCUCUCAGUGGGAACGUCUCGUUAAGCUUCUUCCCUGUCCCUUCCUAGCCAUGUCGGCGACGGUGGGAAAUCCUGAUUCCUUUUUGCACUGGAUGCGGUCGGCGAAUCCGAGCACGCCCAUCACACACAUUGACUACAAGGAGCGUUUCUCGGAUCUUCACAUGGUUCUCUACCACGAGAAGAAACUCCUGCCUCUGAACCCGGUUUGCUCCGUCCACUACGACAAGGUGAAACUUGGAGGUCUUGCCAGCGACUUUUACGUCCCGCCUAACGACGGCUUGAACGUGUAUUUGUUGAUUCGCUCUCUGCUCGGGGAGAAACAUCCCUUCUCGGAGCAGUUCUUCCCUGAAUUCUACUUUGAAGGCUGCUCGGCCAUCACGAAGAAACAGUACAGAUGGUACUGGAACACCCUUCGCCAAGCCCUCGUGGACCUCGUGCAGAGAGAAGAAAUGAGCGGCGAGCAGUUUGCGGAGUUCCAGCAGGCGCUGCAGGAUGAUCCAGCGACGUCGUGGACAAAGCAACUUGCGUUCUUCGAGAACGUCGAGACGCCCAUGGCUGGUGCAAUCGCCAAGGCCCUCACCGCCGGAAGGACCGAGGCCAAGAAGGCCGAGGCCAGGAAAACAGACGAAAAGGACGAAAAAUCCAACUACCUGGAAUCGGUGAUGGAGGAAACGGAGUUCUGGAAAGCGUACCUCGACCCCGAUAACUUGAUUGCGCUCUGCCGACAGCUCGACGCGGCGGAGUUGCUGCCUUGUCUAAUUUUCAAUUUCCACCGGCAAGAAAUUCGUCAGAUGGUUUUGUCCAUGACGAAGCGUCUGAAGCAGCUUCAGCUGGACAAGUACUACGGUACCGAAGAGGCUGCCUACCGCACGCGUCUGGCCAACAAGAAGCGCAUGGAACAGUAUCAGGCGGCUCUGGCGCAAAGAGAGAUGGAGGAAAAGAUGCGCGGUCUGUCGUGGCAACAGCGUGAGGCUCAGGGCUUGGGAAAGAACGAGACAGGAUCCCUGGAGGACGAAGGCGUCCCCCCGCCACCCAUCGACAUUGCCGAGGAAAUCGAUCCGGAAUUCUCCUUCGCGUCUCUGAAGGCGAUGGGCACCAACUUCGACGACAUUAAAGACAUCAUUGAACGCGUGAAACGUCGGGCAGUUUCGGCGACGGAUCGUCUGUUGGUGGAGGCGCUGCGGCGAGGCAUCGGCGUGUACGACAACGGUUUGCCGAAGGCGUUCAGAGAAGCCGUGGACAUUCUUUUCCGGAUUGGGUACUUGCGCAUUUGCAUUUGCAGCAACGCGCUCGCUCUCGGGAUGAACAUGCCGUGCCGAACGUCGGUCUUUGCCGGCGACUCCUUCAUGCUAACUCCCACAAUGUUUAAACAGUCGGGCGGUCGUGCCGGCCGUCGUGGAUACGAUGCGGCAGGGUACAUUCUUUUCUGGGAAGUUCCCUUCAGCAAAAUCAAUCGACUCCUCGAAGCGCGCCUCCCGAUCUUUGGUGGAGACUUCCCCGUCUCUCCGAUGCUCACUCUCCGAACGCUCCGCUACCACGAGCAACUGGAGAGGCUGGCUGUGGAAGGAGACGUCCUCAAUGCGGCGACGGUAGAGAAGUGGGAGGCGGCGCUCUUGCGUCUGUAUCUGUAUCCUCUCUUCGCGGUGUCGAAGGACAACACGCGGCCGAGCGUGGCGUACGAGGAGAAUCUGCGCCUCUACGUCAGGUUCCAGUUCAGGUUUAUGACGGACUUGUUGCAGCGCCUGGGCCUCUUGCACGACGGCCGCAUCGAGGACGGCUUCGGCCACGGCAUCAGUGUGUGGGGUCAUAUGGUCGAGUUGAGUUAUCAGCAAGAGACGGCAGGUUUUCUUCUGCAUUUUCUUCUCUUCUCAGGCCUCCUUGAGGAACGCCUAGCGGAGCUGAAGAGCGAAAAGGCGCGCGAGGCGCUCCUGCUGCACUUCCUGGCCACAUGCAUUUGCCAGCAGACCGUUACCUCAGGUCAGUUGCUGCGUCACAAGUUGCGCCACGAAAGAACGAUGGCGCAUGUCCGACAAGAGUCCGGCUUCCAGAGGGGAGCGCUGGUCGUGACAGAGAAAACGGCGCACGACGUUCCCCAGUUCCGGCCGUUCAUGGCCCUUCUCCCCGAUGAGAUGGAGCAGGCGAUCCAAGCGUACAACGAAAUGGCCUUCCUGACUUCUGUGCGGUGCUUGCGAGCUGCGGGGACUCUCUUGGCGAACCGGGAAUCGAACGCGUCUGCCGAAGUCGAGGUACCGUUCUCCCACACAUCCUUCCCUCGCGAGAAGAAGGACAGGGAGGAGUCGGAGAAGCGCACGGGAAGCAAGGACCGAUGCGUGAACCGCGAGGCGUCUGAGUUCUUUACGCUGUAUCAACGGCUGAUCCGAAGCGGCAAGAUUCGCUCGCCAUUCACAGCCAUCUGUUGCCGGUCCGACUCAGAUUUCAAGUCUCUCGCAGAACUGCAGGACUGCGUUGGACCGUCCACGCCGUUCUAUCCGGAAACGAUGAGUGCAGAACUGCCGUGCGCCUACACCUGGAUGCGCUACUGGGAUCCGAAGCAAAAACGCGAAGUCAAGGCCAAAGUGCGCAAUCAGAACCAGUACUUGAUGGAUCUUCGUGUCACUGGCACGUUCAAGCAUGUGACGCGUUAUGACGAAAUCAGCCCCGGAAAGAUCUGGUUUUUGAUCCACAAUUUCGUGGAUACACUUCUCUACCUGAAGCGCACUCCACCGCAAUGCGUCGAAAAGAAUCCUGUGUCCCACUCGGUCAUUGUGAGCCUGCACCAGGCGAUGAACGAAAUCUUCGAGAAAGAAAGCAAGUAA